AUGUUCAGGCCUCGUCUCAGCGUACUGCAGCGUCCACUACGAUUUCAAUCCUCCCACGUACCUGUCUCUGUUCGCGCCUACGGUAUUUACUGGUCACCAAACAAUGCCAAUUCAGACCCGAUUGAAUCCAAGAUAGCGAGCUACCUACGGAACAUAAUCUCGCCAAACAGUAAGCAGCAUUCAAAAAAGAAGAGGAGGACGGUUAAGGAUGCAAUGGAUGCAUGGGAUGCCGGCGAACGUGCAGAGCAGAAUCUACAAUUGGAUUGUCAGCAGUUACUCGAGCGAGAACGUCGAAGUAAGGGUGUGGAUGCGCAAACUCUGACGGAAGAGACAACGAAGAAAAGUUUGCCAGAGCCGUUUACAGAGAUUGAACUUACUGUCUCCGAGAUAUCGUCUGGAGGCGACGGGUUGGCUGUAUCCGAAGAUGGGAAUCACGUCUAUGUUGUACCGUUUACAGUGCCGGGCGAUAAAGUACUCGCUAAAAUCAUAAGACACCAUCCCAAGGAGGGCUAUACUAUCACAGACUUCCUCGAGGUCAUCGACCCUGGCCCUAAGAGAGACGAUACCCAAAUCAAGUGUCAAUACUUUGGCAAGUGCUCUGGUUGUCAGCUUCAGAUGCUCUCUUACAAGGAUCAACUAGAGCACAAGAAGAGGGUGGUGGAAAAAGCAUACGCCAAUUUCUCAGGCUUGAUUCCUGAAGUCAUACCACCAAUCGGCGACACAUUCCCCUCGCCACUUCAAUAUGGCUACCGCACAAAAUUGACACCGCAUUUCGGAAGGCCGGGACGUUUCAAGCAUAAUCGUGAUGACACCGUAAAAGUGGACCCUGAGGUCCCUCCUAUCGGCUUCAAUAUGAAGAACCAGCAUAAGAAUAUGGACAUUGAAGACUGUCCGCUGGGUACCGAUAUUGUUCGCCUAGGACUGAAGAAGGAGAGGCAACGAGUUGCGGAGUCCAUCGCUGGAUAUACACAAGGUGCAACUAUUCUAUUGCGGGAAUCGACACGACGCAUACCCAUAUCCGAAUUCUCUGAAAGCCAUGCCGCUAUGUCGGACGAGAUUAUAUACAAGACAGACCAUCCCGAUUACGUCGAAGAGAAGCGAUACGUGAGGGAUCACAAUGGUUACGUGGUUGAGUGGGUGGACGACUACGAGUUACGAACCAAGGCCGGCGCAUUCUUCCAAAAUAACAACUCCAUCCUCUCCGGUUUCACGGAAUUCAUGCGCCAAAACGUUCAUCCGAAGGAACUAAAAGAGGGCGAAAAGCCCAUCAAAUACUUGAUCGAUGCCUAUUCCGGCUGUGGAUUAUUCACAGUAACACUGUCCCAAAUGUUCAAAUCAUCCCUCGGCAUUGAUAUCGACGUACACUCAAUUGAGAAUGCACGGGAAAAUGCCAAACACAACAAUCUCCCAAACACCGGAUUUGCAGCUGCUGAUGCAAGCUUACUCUUCUCAAAAGUUCCCUAUCCACCUGAUGAGACCUUGAUCGUCAUUGAUCCUCCACGCAAAGGUUGCAGUAAGGAUUUCCUGCAACAGCUACUCGACUACGGUCCUCGACGUGUCGCCUAUGUCAGUUGUAAUGUGCACACCCAAGCUCGCGAUGUCGGUUUUUUAGUUCAGAAUGAUUCGCCGAAUGGUAUCCGAUACGAAAUUGAGAGUAUUAGAGGGUUCGAUUUCUUCCCGCAAACGGGCCAUGUGGAAGGUUUGGCGAUUUUGAAUAAAGUGGUCAAAAAGCCUGGAGCAAAAGCAACAACACCACCAGCGACUACUGAAUCAAAGACUGAAGGUGCAGCUACGGCUGUUUCAGUUGAGAAGGAGGUUUAAUUCGUAGCCAAAUUUUCGGGCUAGCGUCAGGCAUUGUGUCAUAUUU